GCACACGUCAAAAAAAUGACAACAAGUGUAAUUAGGAAUUUAUUAUCAAGUGUUGUUCCUCUUCUUCUAUGGUUAAGUUUUGUGUCAUCGGUUUCAACUACAAUUGUGGACCAUUUACCUGGCUUUCCUGGAAAUCUACCUUUCAAGCUCGAAACUGGAUAUAUUGGAGUAUGGGAGGACGAAGUGCAGCUAUUUUAUUACUUUAUAGAAUCGGAGAAAAACCCAGCAACAGAUCCACUUUUAGUUUGGCUCUCUGGAGGACCUGGUUGUUCUUCGUUGACAGAUCUUGUCUUUGGGCAUAUUGGUCCUUUUUUCUUCAACUACUCCGGAAUUAAUUUCAACUACGCAACAUCAAGUUGGGAUGUUGAUCUACCGCGACUUAGGCCGAAUCCUUAUUCUUGGACCAAGGUUGCAAACAUAAUAUUUCUGGAUUUACCUGCUGGCGCUGGGUUCUCAUACGCAACUAACGACAUUCACCAUCCCAGUGAUAUUAACUCCUCAAAUCAAGCAUAUGAGUUUUUGGAGAAGUGGCUUAUGGAAUAUCCUGAAUUUGCAAGGAAUCCUCUUUACAUAGCUGGUGCGUCAUAUUCGGGAAAAAUCGUUCCAUCUCUAACACUGGAAAUUGUACAUGGAAAUGAAGCAAGAUACGGAGCAAUAAUGAAUCUUCAGGGAUAUAUUCUAGUGAAUCCAUUGUCAUCUUUCUACCUUGAUGAUCAAAUAAAACUGGAUUAUGUCCAUCGCAUAUCUCUACUUUCCGACGAGCUUUAUGAGUCGACCAAAUCAAGUUGCAAAGGGGAUUAUCGGAAAAAUAUUACCGAUCGUAACGCACGAUGCAGGAGGAAUCUUGAAAUGGUAUUAGAUUGCAUUAAUCCAGUUCAACAGGAGUAUGUCCUUGACCCUAAAUGCAUCAAUCCACCACCGAACGAGUGGUGCCGGGAAAACGAUCAUUUGAUCUCUAACCAAUGGGCAAAUAACAUUCAAGUGCAAGCAGCUCUUCAUGUUCGAGAGGGAACGAUAGGCCAAUGGGUUCGCUGUUACGGUGCUGCUGCAAUUGACGUGUUAAAGUACAGGACAGAUAUUGAAAGUAGCAUCGGCUAUCACAAGAAUCUUACUACCCAACCUCUUAGGGCACUAAUCUUUAGUGGUGACCAGGAUGCGUGGUGUCCUUACGUGUCCACCCUGAAAUGGAUCAAGAAGCUGAAUAUUGUCCCAAAUAACGAGGAAUGGAGGCCCUGGUUUUCGAAUGGCCAAGUUGCGGGAUAUGUCACAGAGUAUUCAAAUGGCCACUUUAAUUUGACAUUCACCACAAUCAAGGAAAAUGUCAUGGUUGCAACUUGGAAGCAUGUAGCGAAAACAUGUUGGCUGCAUACAUAACUCGGAGGCAUGGUGCAUAAGAUCUAAGGAGAUAUGGAGGCUAUCUUAGUGACCUCGUGAUGGAAAAGAUGUGCUUAGUGCCUAGCGUCCAAAGUAUUCAUGAUAUUAUUGCAUGUGGUGGUCACUUAGUGUGUUUCGCGGGUUGGCGGUUGUGCAAGAUGAUUAGACGGAUUAUCGUUGGAGGCCGGGGAAGUUUGUGGUCCUUAGUCUAAGGGGAGGAUUAUUGGAUAUACAUCCCAAGUCCCACAUCGGGGAGAUAAGAAGGAGUUAACUAAUUCAUAAGAGUUCACCAAUGACAUUAGUAUGAUGCAUUUUGAGGAGCCCAAUAACAAAUUUGUGCGGGUUUGGCCAAAGCAGAUAAUAGCAUACUUAUGGUGGACUCGAAGGCCCUACAUUGUGUAAUAGUUGAACAUUUUCGUUGUGUCUUUAAAAUUUUACAGAAGAGAACAAUUUAAAAACCUCUUUCUCAUUUCAACUUGUUAUUUUAAAAAAGUUUAAAAAAGGUAUAUACAUCAAAUACUUCAAUCAAAAAAUUAAAAUGGACAAAAUAUUUUGACUUUUUUUAUAAGUGAAGAUGGUAUACAUGAUGUGC